UUUCCCAGGGAUGCUGGAGCGGCUGUGUGGCUCCUUGCGUCUUGCCCUUGCGCCAGGCUCCUGGCGGUGGCAGCCCCGGUGGCAGCCGGUGCCAGGCGGUCCGUGCGCCAGAGCUGGGUCGCGCCGCCCGCUUUCACAUCCAGCUGCGCCCUGCGCGCCGCCACCGCCGCUCCUUGCUGCCCCGCGCUCCCGGAGGCUCCCCAUGGCCAGCCUGCCCCAGGACUGCAAUAAUGGAUGCUUGGAAGAGAGUAUCAGAGAAGCAGGAUCAAAUCCGGUCAUGGGAACUUUGAAGGCUAAAGAUCUAAUAAUCACACCAGCCACCGUUUUAAAGGAGAAACCUGACCCAAAUACUGUGGUUUUUGGAACCGUUUUCACAGACCACAUGUUGACAAUCGAGUGGUCCUCAGAGUUUGGAUGGGAGAAACCACACAUCAAGCCUUUUCAGAACCUGUCGUUGCACCCUGCCUCGUCGGCUCUGCACUAUGCAGUGGAGUUAUUUGAAGGAAUGAAGGCAUUUCGAGACGUAGAUAAUAAAAUUCGACUCUUCCGGCCAAACCUCAACAUGGAUAGAAUGCACCGAUCUGCUCUGAGGGCAACUUUGCCGGGAUUUGACAAAGAAGAGCUUAUGGAGUGUAUUAAACAGCUUGUGAAAUUGGAUCAAGAAUGGGUUCCAUAUUCAACAUCUGCUAGUCUAUAUAUCCGUCCUACACUCAUUGGAACUGAGCCUUCUCUUGGAGUCAAGAAGCCUACCAAAGCCAUGAUCUUUGUGAUCUUGAGCCCAGUGGGAUCUUACUUUUCGAAGGAAACCUUAAAUCCCGUCUCCCUGUGGGCCAAUCCGAAGUUUGUAAGAGCCUGGAAAGGUGGGACUGGGGACUGCAAGAUGGGAGGGAAUUAUGGCUCCUCUCUCUUUGCCCAAUGUGAAGCAGUGGAUAAUGGUUGUCAGCAAGUUCUGUGGCUCCAUGGAGAGGACAAUCAGAUAACGGAAGUAGGAACUAUGAAUCUUUUCCUUUACUGGAUUAAUGAAGAUGGAGAAGAAGAACUGGCAACUCCUCCACUAGAUGGCAUCAUUCUUCCGGGAGUGACAAGGCAGAGCAUUCUGGACCUGGCACGCAAGUGGGGUGAAUUUAAGGUGUCGGAGCGGUACCUCACCAUGGGUGACUUGACAACAGCCUUGGAGCAGAACCGAGUGAAGGAGAUGUUUGGCUCUGGCACCGCCUGCAUUGUCUGCCCAGUUUCUGAUAUCCUGUUCAAGGGCGAGACCCUACACAUUCCGUCUGUGGAGAAUGGGACUAAGCUUGCAACUCGGAUAUUGGACAAAUUGACUGAUAUUCAGUACGGAAGAGAAGAGAGCGACUGGACAAUCAUCCUAUCCUGAAUAGAAAAUACAGGAUAUUUUCUGUGUGCUAAUGGGACAGACUGUUGUUUUUGAAUUAUGGUAGAUUCUUUGGCUAGCUGUUUUUAGUUGUGCAUAAUGUAGUAUAUAUUAUCAGUGUUAGCAGGGUGAUUGUUUCCUUAUGCCAGAGAAAAUGAAUUGCAACCAUCAAAUGGCAUUUUGUAAACUUGGUAGUAGAAGCUUAUCUGACCUUCCCUUAGUAAGCCAUAUAGCAUAGCAUUCCCUCAGUAAUUUAGUGUCUCCCUUCGUAUGUCACUCAGAUACAAUAAUGUUUGUUUAUUCUUUAGCAUAGGUUAUAUUCUGCUCCUCAACCAAAUGAAUUUUUGUGUGUGUGUUUGAAAGCUGAUCUGAGUACAUUUUAUAGGUCACACUUCCUCUGACAUGUUUUCAUCCUCAGAAAGUGUUUUGUUUUGUUUUUAAUCAAAAUCUUUGAAAAACUGGAUUUCCUCAUGUCUCAUUUUUUUUUUGCAGGCCCCCAAGUCCAUCUUAAGUCAAUGUCUCCCUUCUUCCUGACGUCGCAGUUUGCUCUAAGCUCUCCUUGUGCGUCAGCAAGAUGCGUGCACAUUUCCACCACUGCCUUUUCACAUUGUAUUGUAAUUGGCUGCUUGUUAGGCUCCACAACAACACUGAGGACCUUGUGCCUUAGAGAUCUUUGUAUCCCCAAUGCCUGGCACAUAGUAGGUACUCAGUAAAUAAUGAAUAAGUGAAUAUUUACCUUCUAUAGAAGUGAACCUUCUUUGUUUCUAUAUUAUGAAACCUCUUUAUUAGAAUGGUGAUUGAUCCUGACAUCGUGUAUAUUUACCUCUUAUUGCCAUUUGUUUUCCAUGGACUGCUAAGUCAUUAGAGAUACUCAGAGGCACAGUUCCUUGGAGGAAUUACUUCAUGUGUAAAGACUGUCUUGGAAUUGAAAGUAUAACUCUACAGAGAAGUCAUGAUAUCAUUCCUACCAAAUGCAAAUGACAAAUGUUAUGUGUAAAAUAAAAAAUAAAUCAUCAUAAUGA